AUGGAGGACGGCUUGCACGAGGGGGCGAGCCUGCGCGUGGUGGUGCAGCGGAUUCGGCGAGCCAGGCUCAUGCUCUCCGAAGAGAAGGACGGGUGGGCUGAAGUGGAUCGUGGGCUCGUCUACCUGGUGUGCUUCGUGCGCACCACAGCCGGAACGCCGCCGCUCGACCUCCGACGCGCGGCUAAGUCGCUGCUGAUGGCCAAGAUAGACACCAACGCCGAGGGGCGCCCAGCGUCUGUGCUCGACAUGGGCGGCGACGUGUUGGUGGUGCCGCAGGCAUCCCUCUCGGGCAAGCUCAAGGGCAACACGCCCCAGUAUCAUGCCCAGGUUGCGAAGGAGAAGGGCCUUGACCUCUACACGGCAUUCAUCACCAUCUUGAACGAGGAAGCCGUGGCUGCUGGUAAGGUCAUCACCAUCAAGGCUGGAGUGUAUGGGAACCGCCAGGCCCUGAGCACUGAGAGCGACGGACCCUACACCCACAUGUUCGAGUUCUAG